AAGCACUGGGGAGGAUGGGAAACUGCUUGAAAAGUCCCUCGUCGGACGACAUCUCUCUCCUGCAAGGGUCUGAGAGCGUGGCCAGGGAAGGCCCUUCGUCCUCGGACCUGGUCAUUGAGGGUGACUCAGGGCCUCAGGUGUUGUGAACGACAUAGGAAAGAGAAGAGAACGAAGAGGAGAGAUAUGAUCACAAACUUCCACAUAAUAGUGCUGAAAUAAUGGAAUAUAUAUUUCUUAAAUUUAAUUUUGGAAGUGUGUAUUAAUAAUACAGUAAUAACAAUAAUUUAUGAAAGCUUUACAGUAAAGCCCCCUCAAGAUCAUACAAAAAGUUGCCAAAAAUGACAUAUAUCAAUGGAAAUUUAUGUUAAAAACAUUAAUUACCUAUGGAAUCAAGAAAUGCUUUGUAGUAGAAUACCAUCUUCACUACAUGCAUUAUGGAUUUGUGUGUAUGUGUGUUCCACUAUCUGGGAGCGAGAGAAGAUUGAAUAAGUAAUUCUAAAUCUCUCCUGUACAUAGUAGGAAAUGUUGCCCUCAACUUCUUCCCCAGUAGAGAAUGCACCUACACCAUUGUCUCUCUCAGGCAAUCUUGUCUGCCAGCCUCAACAUUUAGGCCAUGCAAAAGCAGGACAGGUGACAGAUGAACCAAGAGAAGAAUGCCCAGUAUCACCCAAGGGGGAAUUUGGGAUGUGCAGAGUAGAUGACAUUGGCCAGGAGAGGGGGGAUAUGAUGCCACCUCCAGAUUUAUGUGCCAGUGAUGGACUGAAUUGUGGUGAACUGCAGAGAUGGAAUAAUAGAUCUUGUGAUGUCGAUACAGAGGUCACUAUUGCUCAAGCUGCCUGUGAUACUGCAUUUGUGACAAGCAUGUCACAGAGUGGAGAUAAAGGGGAAGAGACUCAGGAAGGAGCUUGGAGUCUCCCUCCUCACUUGUAUGGAGACCCUUCAGGUGUGUUAGAAGAUUCUUUUGAAGAUUGUGUGACAGUUGGGACCAAGGCAAGUUUGCCUGACCUAUGUGAUACUAGUAGUGGUGCACGCAGCCGUGUACAUCUUGGCUGUGGGUUGCAAAAUGAUAAUGACAAAGAUUUUGUGUGUAAACUUUUAUCUCCUUCAGCAGGAGGUCAACCUGGUGAUGGUUCUGCAAAAACCACUUCAGUCUCUCAAAGUGAUGGUAAAUGCAAAAAUGUGGAUGAGGAUAUGACGGAAGUAGAGUCGUUUAGUUCUAGUACGAAUAAUGAUUCUGGAGAAACAAUUGUUACACACGGUGAGAAUGGAGCAAACACGAGAUUUUCUGCAGCUGAUAGUGAUAAAGCCAGUGCUGUGAAUUGUGAACUUGGUAAUGAAGAAACUGAUACUUCCAUUACGGACGAAGAAAAGUGUAAUAGUAGGGGUGAUUGUAGUAUAGGAGAGAAAGUAAACACCGGCGACAAUUUUGAUUUUGGGCAUAAAGAUUCUUGUGAACCUGAAGGGGCAGCUGGCCCGUUAGAAGAUUAUCUUCUUCAUGAUAACCAACAAAUAUCUUUAGUGGCUUGUGGCAUAACUCAGUGUGAUCCGAGUUUUCAGCAGGAUGUCGAAAUGGAAGACAUCUCUGAAGACGAACAAGGCAUUAAUCUAAUUAAGCACAAUCUUCACCACUCCAGUCACCCUAUGUUUAACAAAUGGCCGUGCUACUUCUACAUAACUCGGGAGCAUCUGCCCAGCUUCUCCAUAGAUUCUCAUGGAAGACAUAUUGGAUCUUUGAUGCUGCCUGAUGCUGGUCUGCCUGACUCAUGUCUGAUGUCUGUCACCCGGGCCCAGGUCCUCUCGUCAUGGCUACUUCUGUUACGGGAGGCACCUGCCAUGUUUUUUCCUUCACCGUCUGUAAGUCGACCAGCAUCCCAGUUGACCGAGGAAGAGCAGGUGAAGAUUGCCAAGCGAAUGGGGUUAAUAACGCAUCUUCCUUGUGGAAUAUUUGAUGGCACUAAGAAGAGUGGAGAGUGUGUGAUCUGCAUGAUAGACUUCACGGUGGGGGAUCGAGUGCGUUAUCUACCAUGUAUGCAUACGUACCACACAGAGUGCAUUGACGACUGGCUAAUGCGCUCUUUUACAUGUCCAUCAUGCUUAGAACCUGUGGAUGCAGCUCUGCUUAAUACCUAUGGGACUAGCUAGCCAUGUGCAGCUAAUAGAAAGGGUUUGCUCAGGAUUUCCUUUCAUUUGUUCCUGGCUAACAGGCGAUAUUGGUACUGAUUUUAGAGGUUACUUAAAUUGCACUUGACAAAGGUAUGUGAUAGCUAUCUAUCACUUGUUUAUCUUAGCAUUUUGUAGGGGAUCCUUUAUAGUGAAGAUUAGCAGAAAUUGGUAAAUACUCUAAAUAUUCAAUAUUUUUGUUAGUUCAUACAUGUGAUUAACAAUCCUGAAGUACCUACUGCAGUUAAAUUGUUUUGGAUACAAACUGAAUACAUGUUCCUCUGUAGUUCCUGUUUAUAUUAAAUGUAUUAAGUUUGAUUUUUUUUUAUGUCGAGAGAGCAAUGCCUCCAAAACCUAGCUUCACAUUAGCAAAGAUGGGCUUAGAAAUACUUUUCUCUGGCUUUGUAUUUUUUUCUUGUGCAAAACAUACAUUGGAAUAGAUGUGCUUUUACAUUGUACUUUGUUGAGUUAUUUAAAUAAAAAAUAUAAAUGAGUGAGAGGGUGUGCAGGGUCAAAUAUAGCAUGAGGGAGGGCGACUCACGACUUUAGUUAAGGAUUUUACACAGUCAGACAGGCAGUCAUAAGGCAAACAAUUAGAAAAGUUUUUAAUUAUGUCGUAAAUUAUGCCGAAAACUGCCUCACGAGUGUAUAAACAAUAGUUAUACUCUAAACAGUAACAUCCAUCGGGGUAUAAGAUAGCAUGCGUAAAAAAUGGAUGGAACUUGGGAUAAUUGCUCGCAGAACAGUACUGUUAAUGACUUGUUGCCUUUGUGGUUACCAACAUUUUUCCCAAUUUGUAGUUAACAGUUGCAUAAGGUGGUUUACAAAUUUUUUUUUAUGCUUGAUAGUCUCUUGUAAUAUAAAGACAAUUUACAGCUAUAUGAAAAGAAUUGCUUCAUGCUUCAUCCAGUGGAAGGAGAAUGUGUGCUGCAUUCUGUACAUUGCAUGACUUAAGUCUAUAGUGGCUCUUGGCUCGAGUUGUACAAUGUGUCUUUAUUAAACAAAUAUGCAGACUAUAGUGUAGUAUAUAAAUUCUUAAUAACAGCAUGGUCAAAGACUGUAUUACCAUAGUAGGUAGUGGUUACUUUGUAUUCUUGUAUGUGGAGAAGUACAUCAAACUUGGUAUUUUGUUUAAACAAAAUUUGUAUUGUACAGCUUCAAAGCUCUUGUGUACAUUCGUGCAUACUAGGCAGGUUAUAUUAGCUGGUUUAAUUUAAAUUGUCCUGGGUAAAAGCAUACCAAUAAUAGUAGCAUUUUUGUCAAAAAUAAGAUUUGAGUGUUAUUUAUUAUCAUUCUACAGACUAGUUUUGAUCCCACAGUUGAUAAGAGUUGUAGGGUUAUAUAUUAUCUGAUUCAGUACGUAAAUAUCUGCUGGGCAUUAUCAAGAGCUACCUUUAACAAUUGUUACGUAUACAGUAAGUGUGUGAUAAAAACGAUUUAUCAUGGAGUUUGCUAAGCCCUUUGGUGACGAGUAUUCCUCUGGAAUUAUCAAGAUGACAUUGUCAGAAGCUAAUAAUAUGCAACAAGCUAACUACCCAAAUAUCACAUUUGUAUAUGUAUAUACAAUAAGCCAAAGCAGCACAUGUAAGAGCCUACAUAUUAAAACGGCAUCAUUCAUAUUUUUCGCUGCUUUAGAUUGUCAUGUUUGUUCCGCUCAGAUCCUUAACCUUUGAAAUACACACAUCAUCUUAAGAAGAUCGAUCCAUGGUACAUAUAUCAUGCCAAGGCAUUUUAGGUACUUUGCAACAAUUGAAACUAUUGCGGGUGCACAGGGUUCCCAAUUAUGCAAGGCCUCCAAUAAAUAUCUAUCUUGAAAAGUGGACAAGAUUUUUUGGAAAUAUUUCCUCUCCUCAAGGCAUGGAUUUUAACACUACAGGAAGGCCAAAAAAAAAAAAAAACUUUUUAAUUGUUUAUUUGCCUAGAGAUACUUAAUUUAUCUUACACGCAUUUCAAGUGUUAAGGCCAAGACAGUAUUAGAACUUGUAUAUGUCUUAACCACCCUACUUUUCUUUUUCCAUCUCUCCAUACCACUCUUGUUUUGUCUGAUGUCUUUCUCAGAGUUGCCUUGUGCCGAGGCUCAUCAUACACUUUAAUUUGUAUACUGUAAUAUCAUUUCCUGCUGCCUGUCCCACAAAGUCAGUGUUGUUGACAUAGAACAUAGCCCCAAUUGCAUCCUUCCUUCCUUGCUCCUUAUUAUUUAUAUAGGCAUGUCAAAAAGAAUUGCAUUUUUUAAGAUUCAAGUUUUAUGAAGACCGAAGCAACAUUUAAUAUACAUAAAAUGAAAGUAAGAUACAGGGGUAAUGGUAUAUGUAUCAAGUUUUUACUAAUUUUCUGUAUAAAAAUAUAUUCCUUAGGCGAUCAUGAAAUUGUUUUCAUCUCUCCAUGUUGAUGGUUUUGUUAGUCGGUACUUUCCAGUAGGUCUUGAGGAUUUAGGAAGACCAAACUAGCAACAGAGGCACAUGGAGACUGGUUUAAAUGAUAGAGAACAAACAUACAUGAUACUUGGAAGAUCAUAUAUUGUGACUUAACAAUGAUGAGAUUUUAUUUUUUGUAUUACCAGUACAGUGUAUAUACAACGUGCAGAACAUGGAAUAGCACAUAACCUGUUUAUAUCUUUCACAGGAAGCUUUAAGGAUGGUUGUACAGUCAAUAUCCCAGCCCAGUCUUUUGAUUUCUUCCCUGUAAAAAUUGCAAUGGUUUAACCUAAUCCCAAGUGUGAAACACUACCCAUCCCACCUAACCUACCAGAGCUGAUACUCAUCAGUAUUGCUAUAUUUUUAAUUCCCCUAAAUCACACACAAUUUUACGGUGGCUAUGAUUCUGUGAAAGAUGUAGUGCAUUCAAUAAGUGGAUGGGUUGAAUAUCCAUCUUUAUAUAAUAACUUGGCCGAGCAACACAUUAAAACACGGGAAUUUUCAAUAUUUUAAUUCAUAUUUAUGGUGGGUAUUGUCAUUCACAGAAGAUCAUUAGCCAACGUUAGGCAUCCUAUGAAGAAUACUACAAGAAUAUUGUAGGUUCACUUAAAGUGACUAGGUCAAAUGGUCAGCCUCUAGUGGGAAGCCCACUGCCCCCCAUAUUAUCCAUAUCCCUAUUUCGUAGAUUCUCUGGUUGAUGAGACAAAAAUCUAGUUUAAUAGUGUUUUGGAUAAAGGGAAAGUGGGCUCUACUUCUCUUAACCUGGAACAUUUUGCCCCGUGUCUGUGACAGUAGAUACCCCAUAUGAAUCAAAUACGUUGAACCAGACCACACACUAGAAGGUGAAGGGACGAAGAUGUUUCGAUCCAUCCUGGACCAUCCUAGAGAAUGGUCCAGGACGGACCGAAACGUCGUCGUCCCUUCACCUUCUAGUGUGUGGUCUGGUUAACAUACUUCAGCCACGUUAUUGUGACUCAUCACCUGCAUAUGGAACCAAAUACAUAACCCAAAAAUGUAUGUGUUCUCUACAUAUACUGUACAGUGGUGCAUUCUUAUUAAAGUACUGUUACAGGUAUUUUUAUCUUGUGCAUCUAUUAAAAUACUUUCUAAAUAUAAAAAUGUAGAUGUAUCUUUGAUACCUGUAUGUCUUUCUGUACUUAGAAAAUAUUUGAAUAUUUAAUUUUUAAUAUGUACUAUACAUUGAAAUUACUUGCUGGACUCGGAAUAUGAUAGGUGGUACUAGGAUGAAAUUAUAAUAUUUGAACAUAGGGGAGUCACGAUCUUAAAAGUAAAAUGUGAACAUGUGAGUUUUUCACCUCGAUCGUUUUCCAGCAACUAGAGUAUUAGAAAUGUUGCCGCAACAAAGGAACAGUAAAAGUCUUAUGAGGUAACUCUUCAGGAUCCUGUUGAAUGUGUUUUGCUGUGAUAGACACAGACUUGUGGCCUGAAAGCAGCUAUUCCUGGCUUCAGGUUAGGCUGCAAGAAUAAAAAAUAGCUGUCUAAAUUGUCUAAAAGAAAAUCUCGCUCAUUUGUUCCUAUGUGCUUACAUUACCACGCGCAUUUCUUUCAUAUUUGAAAGCAUAAAUCAGCAUAAAUUU